AUGUUGGUGAUGGGUGAUGGUGGCGGUAGUAAUAAUAAUGAUGAUGAUGAAAGAGGCGGGGAGUGUGAUGGGGGCGACCUUCUUGAUGAUGGUUCAAGACAGACUAUGAUGUUUUCAGCCACUUUUCCAUCAAAUAUUCAAAGUCUUGCAAAGGAUUUUUUGAAAAAUGAUUACUUGUUCCUUACAGUUGGUAGACUUGGUGGAACAACAAUGUAUGUUGAUGAUAAGGAUAAACGUGCAAAACUUGUUGAGCUACUUAUGAAACAACCACCAUCUCGUACUCUGAUCUUUGUUGAAACAAAACGUGGUGCAGAUUCACUUGAUGAUUACUUGUAUCAUAAAAAUUUUCCUACAACUAGUAUUCAUGGUGAUAGAUCACAACGCGAGAGAGAAGAUGCUUUAAUAUCAUUCAAAAAUGGCCGAUCACCUAUUUUAAUUGCUACGGCUGUUGCUGCACGUGGUCUUGACAUAAAAAAUGUAAUGCAUGUCAUAAAUUAUGAUCUAUGUAAAGAUAUUGAUGAAUAUGUUCACCGAAUCGGAAGGACUGCACGUGUUGGUAAUGAAGGAUUGGCAACAACUUUUUACAAUGAAAAAAAUUCUGAUGUUGCUAGUGAUUUAGUUAAAUUAUUGUUGGAAUGUAAACAAGAAGUUCCUAGUUUUUUAAAAUCAUACUUGCCUGAUAAUAAUAAUUUUGGUGAUGAUGCAGAUUUUGAUAAUAAAAGAGGCGGAGGAAGUAGUGACUACAGAAAUCAAAAUAACAAAUAUGCUAAUAAUGAUUCAUCAGGAGGUGUAACAUCAAGUAACUGGGAUGCUCAUAACAACAAUAACACUAGUAACAUAUGGGAUAAUACACAACAAAAAGACAUAAUAAAUGACACAUCAGCAUCAACAGCAUGGGAUCCUAGUAAAACUCCAUGGGAUGGUGCAUUUCAACAGCAACCAACAUUUCAACAACAACUUCCUCCUCCUAACCUUCAGUCUUUUCCUCCACAAUCUUUUCCUCCACAACAACAAAAUCCUUUACAACCACCACCACAACCUCAAUAUAUUCAUUCACAAUUUACUCCUCAACCUCCAUAUAGUAGUCCGCAACCAUUACAACCACAACAACCUGUUAUUCAACAAUAUGGCAGCAGUGCACCACCACCUCAACCAUCAUUGAUUGGUCAACAACCUAAUCCUAAUAAUAAUUAUAACCAAAUUCCUCCUCCACAACACCAAAACUAUGGUUAUAAUUCACAAUCUAUACCACCACAACCACAAACCCAUUCUUAUCAACAAAUGUCACAACCACAACAAUUAUCACAACAAUUACCACAACAAUUACCACAACAAUUACCACAACAAUUACCACAACCACCACAACCAUUUGGUAAUUAUGGUGCUAGUCCUUCUAAUAAUAAUUAUAAUUAUUGA